GCGCCUGGGCAUGGGGGACGGCUCUGGGUUCCGAACACUCGCGCAUUGUAUUGAUGCAGAACCCUGGAGCGCGUACUGCAACGACCCGCCUUGUGGACAACUCAAUCCGCGCAACCCUCGCGUAUUUGAGCUGCUUGAAAGAGUAUACGCCGAAAUAAUUCAGCUAACAGGAGUAGAUGACAUUUUCCACAUUGGUGGCGAUGAUGUAUCGGAGCGGUGCUGGGAGGAACAUUUUAAUGACAGCGAUCCGAUGAAUCUUUGGCUGGAGUUCACUCGGUCAGCUUUGCAACGACUUGAGUUCGCAAACGGGAAAUCACCAAAUCUGACUCUGAUGUGGACAUCCCACUUGAGUGAUCGAAUAAAGGGGGAGUUGAAAGAUUAUAUUCGUUGCAUCGGUUUGCAGUCUCGGAACGUAGCGUGGGCACAUAAGCACGUGAGCGGUGUUCGGACUGUUAUUUCCCAUGAAGAUGCUUGGGAUUUGAACAGCGGAUUAGGGUCUUGGCAUGAGGAUAGUGGAGGGGUGCCGUUUAAUUCGUGGCAGCGUGUUUAUGAAUACCGACCGUGGGCCCGAAAUUCUUUAUGGCGGGUAGAAGGAGGAGAAGCAACGGUAUGGUCGUCAUCGCUGAGUGGUGGGGGCUUAGACGGCCGCGUGUGGCCCCGGGCUGCGGCCCUGGCCGAGAGGCUCUGGACCGACCGGGCGGAGGGUGCUACGAGGCCUGUCCACGCUCGCCUCGACGUACAUCGGUCACGUCUAGUCGAACGUGGUAUCAAGGCAGCGCCUAUUUGGUCGUUAUGGUGUACCCACAAUACUUACACUUGCGUUUAG